AUGGCACCUCUUCUUGCCCUCAACGACCAGUCGCACAGGCACGCUGCCGUGACUGCAAGCAAUGCACGUAUUCGCAUUUCCAUCUACGAGUAUGCGCUCGUCGAAGAGCAGCCUCUGCUACCACAGCAAGUUGCAGCCAAAUCGAACAAGUUCCUCUGCCGCCGCUCAUUACACGGCCGAGCACUGCAGGACAUGACGUUCAAGGGGAAAGAAGUGACCAGGCGCGUCUUCUGGAUGUCUCAAAUCACACGAACUUGCCGCCACUUCUAUUUCGAGCUCGAGAACUACCCCGUCUUCUAUCGUGUCAACACCUUCAACUUUUUUGAAGCUUCAAUGAUUCUGCGGUUCCUCUCUGCGAUCACGCCUCAAAGACGGUCAUUCAUUCGCAGCAUUACAUUCAAACCGAUGGACGUGCCUUGCUGGUUUCGUAUAUGGAACGGGGAACCGGCCAGCCACCCGGCAAAAGCCAAGUUACUUCGACACGUAGCAGUUUUGCUGCAUCAAUGCGGAGACCUUCGCGACAUGCAAAUCUUCAUUUCGGCGAGGUACCCGUUCGAUAUUGGUUUGAUGGACAUUGUCAAGUGCUGCAAUCACUACCUUGUCAGCCAGGAUGAUGCACUCAUUUGGUCUUUGCCAACCAUCAGACCAAUGGCUGUGCCUGAUAACGCUUUUGGUAUCACCCUGAUUGACCUCACCACCGCCGUCGAUCUCACGAAUGUGACUGCGAACGCACCACACUUCUCUAGCACAGAGCUCUUGAACGCAGCAAUAAAGGCAGAAAAGGCGAUUCUUGCACUUCGUGAGCGUCUGUCAAAAGACAAGGCUGGCGGCAACGGCGUCCAGAUUACUUCACGUCAAGUUGAUGAGGCUAUACAUGCUUCAGAGAUUGAUUUUCCUGGAGAGGAACGCAUUCAACAGAAUCGGUUCAACAGCACCAAUGGCCCAGUCUCUAAGCGUACCCGACAGAAGUGUAAUGGAGGAUUGGUGAAUGAUUUGGGAGUCAUUGAGAGGACCAAGAACAGGUACAAUGCUGAAGGGCUGCUCACCUUGAACAUUUUCGCUAUCACAGGGCUCAGAUGGAGUGGUUCAAACAUUGAAUGCGAAGUCCAAGGCUACAGCGCAACUACCGACCCUCAGAACAUGAAUAGCUCCUGGGAAGACAUCGAGGCCGUGCUGACAUUCGAUGGCACGUUAUAUCUGGGAUUCUAUUACCAGAAACUCAGCACCAUGAUGUCCGGGGCAGAUCCGGUCACUCGUCUUAAGAAAAUCCAGUCGAUUCCCACUCCCCAACAUGUCUCGGAAGCAAUAGACCACAUUUUGCGCGGGAUGUGGCAAGAGCAACGCCACAUUUAUCGAACCUGGGCUUUACGAUGGGCACAGAUCCGAAGCGGCUACGAAGAUAUGAUCGCGGACUUAGAGAAACAGGUUAAUCUCGCAACCGAACAAGCAGCUGAAGAGGCCAAUCAGAAACGUAAGCCCAGCAAGGCGUUGGGUAAGAAGGCUGGAGGAAAGGCCACGAAACGACCAAAUUGA